AUGGGAACCCCACUUACAGGAACGGUGAUCAUCACCGGUGGCAAUGGGCUGUUAGGCUCAGAGAUUGCCAUCGAGAUUGCAAAGAAACAACCCUUCGUCCAUCUACUGUUGACAGCCCGCGAUAUCAGAACGAAUGAUGUGCGGGAUCUCACCGGCAAGAUCCGUCUGAUCGGCCCCAGAUCGAUCGAGGUGCUCGCCUUAGAUCUCACCGACCUAAAAUCAGUGGCCAGCUUUGCCAAAAAUACUGUCGACCGCGUUCGAUUCAAAGACAUUCCGCCCGUGACUAGCCUGAUUCAUUCCGCUGUCGCAACCUCUUACACCGUGGAUGACCUCACCUCCGACGGAUACGACCCGGUGUAUCAAACCAAUUGUUUAUCUCCCUUCUUAUUGACCAUCGGAUUACUGGAGGCUUUCCGAGCCGGUGAUGGCACACCUAAAGGGGGAGCGAAGGUGAUCAACAUCGGCUGCUCGGCCACCUCGAGUGGACGACUGGACUACUUCGACCGCGAUCAUGGACGAAACGGACGUCAUCUGGGAGACACGCUGAGCGCCAAGGAAGAAAACAUCCGCUUUGGAAGCAGCAAGUUAAUGGCGAGCGUUGCAUUAUAUGCGUUGAGGCGGAGUUUGAUCUGGACCGGCAACAUCUCGCUAGACAUUUUCACCUUGGAUCCAGGAGGCAUGACUGGACCCAGCAAUCUUCGAACGGGGGCCCCCAUGUCCGUGCGAGUCGCACAUCAGACUCGGUCUGGCCUUCGGCCCUUCUUGCGAAUGGUCUCCCGAAGCUCCAUGAACAAAGCCAGUGUUCCGGCCAAGGCAAUUGCCCGAGUAGCCUUCCAGAUUGAUUCGGUGGAGAACCUGCAGAAGGAACGCUACUAUAUCUUGGACGCCGAUUACGAAGCUGCCUCUGUGCUGUCCAGCUUACGGGAUUCAGAACAGGUGAAGCGGUUAUUAUUACAGAUGAUGCGACAGGUGGAAGUGGAAACGAAAGAGGUGGAAUCCCCUGGUCCUGUUCGACCGCGAUUGAGCAUGAUUGCUCCUCCCAUUGCGCUAUGA